UAUUCGGUUAAUGCUGACUUAAUUUCGCAGGUCAAAUCGCCAACUACAUGUACAAUGCGAGGAUAAAAUAUGGAUUUUUAUCCAAUUACGAGCAAACGAUCUUUCUGAAACAGGAACAGACUCCGUCUGGAUGGGAACUGCACUACAGUGAUAUCAUUUACCAUUCAACCCAAUCAGACGCGACUAGACCUUCGCUGCGUGCAUGCUUCUGGUCCAUAGCACGCCUUGCAUUGAUAGACCAUGUUGCUAACAAUAACACUCCCAUGGCUCAAUGGGCGAAAAAGCCAUAAGAGAAAGAAGCUGGACUCGUUCUUGAUGUAUUUAGUUGACACCAAUCGGUCUAUUAGACAAUAUUGCAGUCUAAUAUUUCUAUUCUUCUUAGUUAGAACAAUUAUAGAAUCAUGUGUCAU